AUGUUGAGAAGAAAUCGAACUGUGUCGUGUCCAUCUGCAUUCGGAGAAAAUGAAACGGAGUGCAGCAGCGACGAAAGGCAUAUAUCUUUCCCUAUCCAAGUGAAGUUUUUGUCUGCAGUGCAAGAUAAAGACUCUUCUGAACUGUCCAGGAUCUUAAGUCAACAUCUGCACGAAAUUGAUGUGAACAAGAAAAACCACAUGGGUGUUACAGCGCUGCAUCAGAGUGUUGUUAACAAGAAUUUAGAUGGCGUUAAGUUGUUAUUGACUAACGGGGCGAACGUAAAUUGCCAAGACGUUAACGGACACACUCCUCUGCACACAGCGUCCGAGCACGGCUGCUCGAACAUUGCCAGCAUGCUCAUUGUUUUCGGCGCUGAUUUGUUUCAAACGACUAUAGAAGGGGAAUUGGCUGUUGAUGUGGCUAAAAACUCAAUCAUAGCUGAUUUAAUUGCCGUGGAGAUGUGCUCUCAAAUACAAAACCAGGUACUCAACGACAAAUACCGACUGUUAUUCCAGCUUAUACAGAUUUGGGGGUACAUAAAAGAGCGACUCGUCGAGUGGCACGGGGCACUUCUUCGCCUUGUAUUACGAGGAGUGAACCGUGCUCUGACAGGUAUGAAUUUGAACACUUUCUCUCUGCGGGAAGUUCUCGCCGAUACUUGA